AGUGAGCGCAGUGCCGCCAUUUCGAAGCGUUUGUACGGAAGGUCGUGAGAAUCAAUUAAGGUGGGAAAGGGUGUGGGCCUCUCGAAAAAUAGAGGCAGGCAUUACGAGAACUUUCGAAGAUCGUACCCCGCGGAAGGCCUUUGUGAUUAGGCAAACAAACACUUGGGCUGCGCGAAGUCAAACGGAAGGCAACGAACUUAUCUUUUGACGGGAUGGAAGGUUGUAAUAUUUCUGAGAAGCAGAUGCAACGGUUGGCAUUAUCUCUAACACUGUCUGCAGAAAGUUCCAAACCUCAGGUCUCAGAACCUAUUUGUCACUUGACAUUGGGAGAGAUUGUAGUGAAAUCAAAAAUGACCUCCUCUGUCACCUUAAGACAGUUUACUGAUCCCCAGGCAGAAUCCUUUGAACAGGUUGUUGUGGAAAAUACAACUAAAUCAGAGUGUGCGAUGGGCACCUUGAAAAAGGAUACAACCUCGAGCACCUUUGAGGAACCUUGCAAGGGAAGAGAGGAAAGUGUAAUGCUCAGCUCCAAGAUCACCAUGACCGGAGAGGAUUGCUCUGAGUCACACAAGAAUCGGUGUGCAGCCAACACUAGUGAACAUUUUGACCAGCUUAUCAAGAAUUAUCCUGAAUUUGAAGGCCAUAAGGCUUGUCUGGCCAUGUUCCUUUUGGAAACGGAGAGUUUCAAUGAGUGUGGACAGAAACAAGACUAUUAUCAGUGCAUUGCUUUGGGAACUGGAGAUGCAUGCUGCAGUGAUUGGUUGUCAUACUCUGGAUGCAUUGUUCAUGAUUGUCAUGCCAUUGUCAUUGCUCGACGAGCUUUAAAAAGAUUCCUCUUCAAGCAGCUCUUGCUUUACUAUUGCGGAGAUCCUGAAGUCCAAAAUAAUUCUUUAUUUCACAAGUCUAAUGAUACCUCACUGCUGUGCUUUAAGCCAGGGACCUUCCUCCACUUGUAUACCAACAUAAUUCCACCAUGGACCACCUCAUUGCAUUUUGAAGUAAGAUUGGUUGUAGGCAGGAAUAAUCCCAAGUCUUUGAAGUUGCAGUGUUAUGUCCAUGGCUUACUCAUAAAUGUAAUCAAUCAAAAUCCCAAGAUAUCUGCUUCCCGGAUCUGCUGCAUGUCUGGUUCUGACAAACUAACACGCUGGUCAGUGCUGGGGGUACAGGGGGCACUGCUGAGUCACUUCAUCACACCAUUUUAUAUUACCAGCCUUGUUCUGGGUAGGCCCAUUGAUGAAGCUGCCAUAUCAUUCACUAUAAGUCACAUCUACUUCUUCCCUGGGGGCAAUGUAAUGCAUGAUACCAGUAACUCUGAUGAAAGACUGAGUUUGAAUUGGUGUACUGGGGAUGAAGCGAUUGAGGUUAUAGACAGCACAACUGGAAUGAUUCAUGAAACCUCCCCUCUGAGAAGUGAGAAGCAACAGUUCAGCAGAAUCUGUAAGGCUGCCUUCUUUAGUGUCUUUUGUCAGGUUGCUGCUAAGGUGGGUUCUCUGGAUCUGCUAGACCUCCAUACACACCAUGAAGCCAAGAUGGGAGCCCGUCUCUACCAGCAGGUAAAGCAGAACAUCAAUCAGCAGCUGAUGUUGAAUGGAGCUGGGGUGUGGAAUGCCAAGCACCUGGUUGACCAGUUCAGUUGUGCUAGGGCACGAAAAGUGAAGUAGGUGAUGAGGAAGAACCAGUCUAUCAACUAUGGAUGUGAGAAUACUUGGUUGUGAGAACCAGUAUAACUGAUUUUGUCUUUAUAACAAUAACAAAUAAAGAAUCAGUCUUUGUUCAGCAUC